AUGGCAUUCUCCUCCAUCCCCAUCCUAGACUUCGCCCAGUCCAAUUCUCCUUCCACAAAACCGGCCUUCUUGGCUGAUCUCCGCCACGCCAUCGUCAACGUCGGCUUCUUCUACCUCCGCAACACCUCCAUCCCGGCAUCAGUGCAGGAUGUCUUCGUCGAAAGGGGCAAAGAGAUCUUUGAUCUACCGCUCGACAAGAAAUUGGAGAUUGAAAUGGUCAAUUCCAAGCAUUUCCUGGGCUACUCGCGAUUAGGGGCGGAGAUUACGGCGUUGAGGACGGAUUAUCGGGAGCAGUUUGAUUUUGCAACGGAAUUACCUGCCCCAGGUCCUGAUGAGCCGUUGUACAGGAACAUCCGUGGACCAAACCAGUGGCCAGAUGGCAAAGCCAUCCCCGGCUUCCGUCAUGUUGUUGAAUCCUAUCUCGAAGAGGUCGACAAGCUCGCGCAGUCCUUCAAGACUCUCAUCGCCGAAGCUCUCGACCUCCCCCCGACAGCUCUGGACCAAUUUUUCGAUACGCCGCAGCAGCAUAAACUGAAGCUAAUCAAGUAUCCUGAACCAUCAUCAGCAUCAGCAUCUGACGAUAAUGCUGCUACGCAAGGAGUCGGCCCACACAAGGACUCCUGCUUCCUCACAUACCUCCUCCAAGCGACUCCACACACCGGUCUAGAAGUCCAGAAUAAAUCCGGGGACUGGAUCCCCGCGCCUCCCAUACCGGGUACAUUGGUAAUUAACAUCGGAAGAGCCCUCGAAGCACUAACGGGUGGGAUAUGCACCGCGACCACGCACAGAGUCAGUCUCAAGCGGGAGAAUUUCGUCGACGCUACCACGGGAAAGCCGUUGGGUCCACGCUUCUCCUUUCCCGUCUUCCAGGGUGUGAGUCUUGAUCUUUCGGAUGACCAGAUCAGUCUUGAUAUCUCACCUCAUAUCCGGGACUUGGUUAAGGAUGAGAAGGUCAAGUCCGAUGCUGAGGCGACGUUUAAUAAUAUGUUCCGCGGGAGUCUGGGGCAGGGAACGUUGAUUGCGCGGAUCACGAGUCAUCAGGAUGUUGGUAAGAGGUGGUAUCCGGAGUUAUUGGCGGAAGCUUUAAAGGAGCAGAGGGAGUUCAAGGAUAAAGCCAAUGGCAGUACAUAAAUGACUUUCUCCUGGCUGACAUGUGUUAUUCCAUAGUUAGUUCAUAGUAUUAUACAUUCUACUGCUUCGUAAUGCUCAAUAGCGAGUGGAGCCGUCUCACUCUUGGAGACCCAUGGAGGUCCAUCCGACAAUACUACUCAGUACUGAUGCUGCA